AUGGGCUCGGCGACGACGCAAACGUCAAACGACACAUCGCACAGGUUGCAAUGGACACGUCGCGGUACACAGAAUGUCGAGCUCGUCUCCAUCAUCCUGGACAAUCUGCCCCGAGGCCGCGACUUGGCGACGUGCCUGCGGGUCAACUCAUUCUUCUUCACCGUGGCCUCGGCACAUGUCUACUGUCAUGUCAGGCUGUUCCAGCACGGCGUGUGGAAACUGGACCUGUUCAGCGUCCAACCGCACGUCUGCCGCUCUGGGAUUGAGCAUCCGACAGCUGCGCUCGCGUCCCGGCCAUCACUGCAGAACAGCGUGCACCUCGUUGACGUGUUCGAGCACUCGACAGACGACUGUGCGGCUAUCCGCCUCGACCCGAUACAUGUCGAUACCCUCCGCGUCAACCUGCGCCAGCACAAGAGCCGCGCAGUGCUGCACACCGACCUGUGGGGACAGGAGGGUUGCCGUGCGCUCGCCCCUAUCCGCGCCAAGAAGAUUAUUGUCCGCGGGCCGUUGGUCCUGCGAGAUGGGGUGAUCAUUUCGCACGAUCUCGCGCCCGAGGCACUGGACGCAGCGGAGCAGGUCACCAUCGUCGCGACGGAAGCCUUCUCGGCCAUCUCGGACCGAUGGUUCGAGCCACUUGGCCGCAGUGAGCUGCUGCGCCGCGAGUCGAGUGCGCAGAACGUCACCUUUGUGUUCUGGACACGGAAACCCGAAGAAAGGUGGUACCCGAACCAACCGUUCACGUACGACCACUACCUGAGUCCGCACUGGGCUGGACGGUUCCUCAAGUAUGUCGCGCAUGCUCUGGUGGAGACCUGGCCGACGGGGUGCGGUGUGACGAUUGUGAACGCCGGGAACAUCAAUGGACUGGACCUCGGCUUGGAGAACGAGCCAGGUUACGAGGCGGUACAGGCGCACCUUGGGACCCGACUGCGCGAGGAAAUUCAGCGUGCGACAGAGUUUGGCGACGAGGAAGACGCCGGCAAGCGAUUGGAAGGGCGGGUCAAGUGGCUCACCAUGCGCGAGUACCUGUCUACGCCUGGUUGGGCUGGCGAUUUCGGCGACGACGAGGUCGAGCCGUGGUUGAAGAGGUUUGAGGGGAACAAGGGAGGGUGUGUGGUGAACGGGGAUCGUGCAGAGUAA